UAAGCUGCGAAAACCAAUAUAUCCGCUAUAAAUGCGGCGACGUCUGCUGCAAAACCUCCCUAAUUCAAUGACUUCUUUCUACGGUGACAUCAAAUCCUACGACAUCCACACCUAUUGGCACGCCAGUAGUCCUGCGCAAGCAGAGUUUGCUGCCCAGCUAAGACAAAAGGUCCUUGAUGAAUUUGCACCCGAAGUGGAGGCAGGUGAUAUCAGGGUGUAUAAAUUAUGGGACAAAGCUAUAGGACCGCACCCUACUUGCAUGUUUGAAAUCGACUUUUCUAAACCAGAGGUUUUUGCAAAAAUAGUUCCCUUCUACCAAAUGAACCACGGCCUGCUCUCGGUGCUAAUUCACCCCCGUACUGGUAAUGAUCUCUUGGACCACACGCAGAAUGCUCUUUGGUUGGGCCACAAGCUCCGACUCAAUACCGAAUACUUACAUUAAAUGGCCCUGGGACCAGGUAUUUAUCACUUGGUAUAAGGAUAUUUCACCACCAUUUAGCUACCUGUUAAACAACAGAUGGAUUGUAUAGUAAAACAUGUCUUUUGUGUAUUA